UUUCAAAUAAGUGUGUAUCUGCUUCGGGAAGGAUUGAAUCUUAGGGCGGGGAUGAAUUUGGGGGAAUUAAACAAGGUGUGGGAGAUUAAAGCGCUUAAGAAGAAACCGAGGGAAGAAGAAGCGAGGAAGAUUCUGGAGAAAGUGGCGAAUCAGGUUCAGCCCAUUAUGACUCGACGCAAAUGGCGUGUCAAGCUUCUCUCCGAGUUCUGCCCAACGAAUCCAAGGCUUUUGGGGGUGAAUGUUAAUAGAGGCGUUCACGUCAAAUUGAGGCUUCGCAGGGUAAACCACGAUGGAGACUUCUUAUCAUAUCACGAAGUUCUUGACACUAUGCUCCACGAGCUUUGCCACAACGCCCAUGGCCCUCACAACGCUUCUUUCUACAAGCUCUGGGAUGAACUUCGAAAGGAAUGUGAGGAGUUGAUGUCAAAGGGUAUUACAGGGACAGGCCGGGGCUUUGAUGUUCCUGGCAAGCGCUUGGGUGGCUUUUCUCGUCAGCCUCCCCUCUCUUCUCUUCGCGCAACGGCAGCUACAGCAGCUGAAAAGAGAGUGCGUGCGGGUAAUCUGUUACCCUCAGGACCUCAACGUCUUGGCGGUGAUAGCAGCAUUAUGUCACAUCUUACCCCAAUCCAGGCUGCUGCAAUGGCUGCUGAAAGGCGUUUCCUUGAUGAUGUAUGGUGUGGUUCCCAAUCCGCAGAGGCUUUUGAAGAGAAAGAAAAUGAUAGUCACACAUGUACGGAACCCCUUUCGGUAAGGUCAGCAAAAAGAAGCAGUAGCUGCUCAAAUGCUACCAAUUCAUCAGGCCCUCCAUCUUCCUGGGGAUCAGAUGUCAUUGAUUUAACAGAGGAAGAAGCGUCUGAAAGUAGUAGAUGUACUAAAAGAAGUUGCAACCCAGCUGGUGAUCAAGGUCCUUCGUCUUCAUCAUCGACUGGUUACAAUGCAAACCAAGGCAGAGAAGAUACUGCUAUGUGGGAGUGUGCAGAAUGCACCUUACUGAACCCGUUGUUGGCUCCAAUAUGCGAGCUAUGCACUGCGGCAAAGCCAAAGGAAAGGGAGAUGAAGCACAAAGUCUGGUCUUGCAAGUUCUGCACGCUUGAAAAUGAGGUGAUGCUGGAGAAAUGUGAGGCUUGUGGUCAGUGGAGAUACUCGUAUGGACAGCCAUUGGCGACUCGUGCUCCUAAUGUUGGCACUUGAGGAGGCAGUCCCAGUGUUCUACAUGGACUAAAAGUCCAGUCUUACCCAUUUUUUUCAUAUAGCCAACGAGCAGUGACAACAAGAUUCUCCAAGUUCUGUAAACCGAAUCCCAACUUGGGCAUUUAGACCUUUUAACUCCAUUUGAUAUAAAGAAUAUUUCUAUUUGGCAGCAAAGCAAAACACAAAACAC